CCCCUCUUUCUCUCUCUCUCUCUCUCUCUCAGGAUUACCCUUCCAGAUUAAGGAGCAGGGAUCCAAUCCUCCCUCCAUCUGCUUGCCUGACUUGAAUCGCCACGGCAACCCACACCUGCGUUCAGCAACACCGACCCAAAACUCCGAAACCAUGGAUACGGGACAUUUACGACUUUCUAACCGCUAGAUAACGUGUGUGGAGGAGUGUGUAUGAUGCCUGUGUGUGUGAGUGUGUGUAUUCAUCCCUCUCGUUGUUUGAACGCGAGCCACAGCGGAGUGUGUUGUACUCAGAGCCUUUGGGACUAAGAGUCACGGAUUUACCAUGCAGAAGCGCUGGCGGAACAACGCUUACUUUUUAUAUUGCCUUGCCGUGCUCUGCACCGCGGGAUAUGUGCACAUCACCACUGAUGCUGCUGCGGUUGGGAGUGCGCUCCCCGGUGUGGCUCUGGUGGAGUUUGGCCCGGGGGCCGCUGCCACGGGCGUUGACGGCGCAGGCGGAAUGUUCCGGGAGGAGGAGGAGAGCUGGCUAGAGGGGGAGGCGCAGGAGGAGGAGAGCUGGCUGGAGGGGGAGCGGGGGAGAGGGAGGCGCGGGAGGAGGAACGUUCUGCUGCCCAGCGGCGUCCGACUCUGCUCUCAGGAGUCCCUGCAGCAGGCCCUCCAGUACCACCACGAAUACUACCAGCUCAGAGUCUGUCAGGAGACAGUGUGGGAGGCCUUUAAGAUCUUCUUGGACCGGCUGCCCAAUCAGGAGGAGUACCAGCACUGGAUGAGCCAAUGCCAGGAGGGCAUUAUGACAGCCCGCGAUAUUGGCAUCACUUUCAGCCAAUCAGAAGAGCACUUGACUCUUGUCAAGAAGAGACUGGAGACUGCAGUAACCAAUGAAAAGAGUCAGGGCACACUGCCACCAGAGUGCAGAGCACAGACGGAGGCUCCACCCCCAGAGCAGGAGAGUGAACCAGCCCAAACAGAGGAGGAGGCGGCUGGCUCAGAAGCCAUAGAGGAGGAGCCGGUGGAGGCUGCCAUGGUAACCGAUGCAACCCCAGUCGAUGUGCUAGAGAUUGACAAUGAAAUUGAGCUGGAUGCGGUUGUCAUGCCAACGCGGGUCAUGAUGGAGCAGCAGGUGGAACUAAGCGCCCUCCUACAUGGAGAACCUUGGAAGGAUGACCUCAGUGACCCCUCCUCCUUCACACACCACCUCCUCUCAGAGGAGUUUACUCAGAAGGUCUCUGCUGCACUUCAGAAGCUGCCAGAGUUUAAGAGUGUGUCUGUGGUAGAGUUCAGGCCUCAGACAGAAGCCUCUGGGUCAGAGAGUGUGCGGGUGGAGUAUGUUGUGUCUGUGCAGACAGAUGGAGGUGAAGUGAGCAUUGAGACGCUGGACUUCAUCAACCUGCAGUCCAACAUGGUGGAGAGCAGCUUCGUCAUCGACCCCGAGAUGCCCACCGUCGAGUACACCGUCACCGACCAGAGGAGCUUCAUCACUGAAGCACUACACGUGGUUGAGACCUACGCUCCUGAGGAGUCAGAGCUAAGUGCUGGACCUCCAGAAGAAGCGAACAUUAAUGACCUCUUGGCCGCCGCGGAGCUUCCCCUCGACCCCGGACAGGAAGUGUUUGAGGAGGUGCUGAAGGAGGUCAUCGGGGAGAAUGAAGUCAUCAUUCCAGAUGAGAGUGUCACUGAGGAGGAGGAGGAGGAGGUAGCACCGGCUUUGGAGGAGGGGGAGGAGCCACAGGUCAUUGAUGAUGUGGAGGCAGAGGCUCCGCCCACAGAUGGCCCUUCUGCCGCGGCGGUUGAGACCGCCCACGUUCCGGAAACCGCAAGUGAAAUCUCUGGGUCGGGCUCAGGAGGAGAUGAUUGGCCGGCACUAGUGGUGAGCUCACCUGAAACCACGCCCACUGAGACAGAAGAGAGUGCAGCGGAAGGGGAGGAGCCUGCUGGUGAUGUCACAGAGGAGGAAAUUGACAUCACCACCAUCACCACGGUAACGAUCGAGGAGGUGUUCGAGGAGGAAACAGCACCUGCUGAGGCUAAGCAGGAGGAGGAGGAGGAGGUUAUGGUUCCCAUGGAAACAGAGGCCGAGGCUCCAGUGGUCGUAGAAGAGGAGGGGGCGGAGCCAGGGGUGUCAGAGGAGGACCUCACUGAGGAUGAGAUCUUAUUGGUCAGCGAGACGCCAGAGGACCCUGUGGACUCCGCCCACCCAACGCCCAUCUCCCCGGAGAAGGAGUCCCCCUUCACCAUCAUCGCCGUGGUUACGCCGGAGGAGGAAGUGGAGGAGGCGACGUACACAGAACCGUCCAUCAUCCUGACCGUGUCCGAGGUCGACUACGAUGUCUAUAUCCACGGCGACCACAUGGAGGACGGCAGCGGGUACUCGGACGGUGCCCGCGGCGACGACCUCAACGGCGUGGCGCUGCCAACCAACCCGGGGCGGGCGCUGAUGGUGUUCUUCAGCCUGAGGGUGACCAACAUGGUGUUCUCCGACGACCUCUUCAACAAGAGCUCACCGGAGUACAAGAGCCUGGAGCAGCGCUUUCUGGAGCUGCUGGUGCCGUACCUGCAGUCCAACCUCACGAACUUUGAGAACCUGGAGAUCCUGAACUUCCGUAACGGCAGCAUCGUGGUGAACAGCCGCAUGAAGUUUGGCAAGCCCGUGCAACAGGGCGUCACCAGCUCCGUGUACCUCAUCCUGGAGGACUUCUGCAACACCGCCUACCAGACCAUGAACCUGGCCAUAGACAAGUACUCACUGGACGUGGAGUCAGGUGAGCAGGCGGACCCGUGUAAGUACCAGGCGUGUAACGAGUUUGCGGAGUGUAUGGUGAACCGUUGGUCGGGCGAGGCGGAGUGUGUGUGUGACGCCGGCUACUACAGUGUGGACGGAUUGCCCUGCCAAAGCAUCUGUGAGCUGCAGGUCGACUUCUGCAUGAAUGACGGCAAGUGCGACAUCAUCCCCGGACAAGGAGCCAUCUGCAGGUGUCGCGUUGGAGAAAACUGGUGGUAUCGCGGCGAACACUGUGAGGAGUACGUCUCCGAGCCAUUGGUUGUUGGCAUCGCCAUAGCGUCAGUUGCCGGGUUUCUACUGGUGGCUUCCGGCGUCAUCUUCUUCCUGGCAAGAGCACUGAGGGACCAGUAUGACAAGGAGGAGGCCGAGGACCCCUUACAGGGAUCGUCCUCACUCAGACAGCAUAUUAGGAUGCAGUGCAGGGGUGGGGACAGUCUUCCGUCUCUGGAGCGGGCCACUAAGUACAACCCCAUGUACGAGAGCGACGCCACCACGGCCUACAGUCACUACUACCGGCGCUACCCCGACCCCCCCAUCCACAGCAGCGCCAGUGCCGAGGCCUCCACCGAGUUCAGCAGCGAGGAGAUACGCCACAUCUACCAGAACAGCGAGCUCACCAGAGAGGAGAUCCAGGACCGUAUCCGGGUCAUUGAGCUCUAUGCCAAGGACCGGCAGUUUGCAGACUUCCUGCGGCAGCACCAAGUGAAAUUGGAUACUCGGAGAGAGAGCGCAUCCACAUAGACCAACAAACACAACGAGCACACAGCUGUGAGUAAGAUCUCUGCCUUGUCUGCCCGGCACUAGGAGUCUGUCAGUCCUGUUGCCAUGGUGCUGCUCUGGGAACAUGAUGGGAUACGUAGAUUGGAUUUAUUUCUUCGCGAGUCUUCGAAGAGACGUAGAGUCACACACACACACACACAGACGUGCAGAUGAAGAGACGUAGUGUCACACACACACACACACGUGCAGAUGAAGAGACGUAGUUACUUGUGACUCGGACAUGAUUUAUCGUUCGCGCAUCGGGAUGAGGAUGUCGUUCAGACAAGGUUUGGAGAUUGGAUGCUCUUGUUGUCACAGCCUGACACACCUGACAUUAGGUUCUCAGUGUUCAUUGGUCGAGCUGCUUCCUGCUAUGCCAGUGCCUUCUCCUGAUUGGAUGAACCGUUGUUCGAAUGGACGCGAUAAGAGCUCUCUGCCAAUCAUGAAAUGGCCCCCCUGGAAUCCUAUUGGAUACUUGAAAACUGAUGACUAUCUUCUUAAUGUAUCAUUGUUACCUAGCGUGAAUACACACACACACACACACACACACACACACACACACCGGACAC